UUUAACCUCAAUCCAAAAUACGUUUUAUUUACGUUUUUUUCUGUUUUCUGUCCAUCAACAUAUUCCAUCAAUUUCUUUUGCCUUCAAAUUGUGUGGCAGUUUUAGUUUUUAAAUGUUUAGAUUUUAAAUAGCAAACAUUUCUCAGUAGACAGUUGCUGCGUAUUUCAACACGAGAAAGCGUGUAGCGGCGGGUGAGUUUAGUGCGAUUACUCGGAACAAGAAUGCCACCGCUGGUGAAUCUGGUUCCGCUGGAACUCCGGAUAGGAAGAUGACCCGAGUUUUCCAGUCUAUCAAAAGGAUCGGCGUCGUCAAAGUUGAUGUAAAGAGCAACCAAAAUUAGAUGGGAAACAGCGAGCGAGGCGUGCAAACCCCGACAAUGCAAGCCUCCACACUAGCAAUGAAGCGCAAGCAACUAAUUUUUGACGAAUCCCAAAGCAAGCUGAGCAGGAGCUCAUGAUUAGAAAAUGGCCCUUCACGUCCCGAAAGCACUUGGAUUUGCUUCCAUGUUAAAGGAAGGCGCUCGUGCUUAUUCAGGCCGAGAGGAGCAGUAUACCGGAACAUAUACGCCUGUAAGUUGCGCUCGGAAUGAACAAAAUGAUCAUCAAUCGAGAAGCAGUUCGUCACUUCCUAUGCGGGCACCAUCAGGGAUGUCGAACAUCCGGCAGCCAAACUGAUGAUCCAGGUCAGCCAGAUGCAGGAAGCCCAAAUGGGAGAUGUUUUCCAUCUUCGUGGUGGUGUUUUGCGGGGCGUUGCUGGAGGCCGCUUAAGAGCUGCUUCGAUUGGGAGUGAUGAUAUUACCGAAGGGUAUGAGAGAGCCCUGGAUCUAGCUUUGGAAGCUCUACCAAGUCUGGUUACAGUGCAAAGAUGACGACCGUUUCGCCAAACACAUGACGAAACACGGGCGCAUAUUUGGUUUCAUUCGUCAGGUUGAUGACUACAUUCUGGAGGAACCGAGUUUCGCCGUGCGUUUGGACUACCGUCCCGAUUACGCCAGAACGUUGGUGUACGUGCGGAACGUGUCACCCCAUUCGGUGUUGCGACUCAGCAGGGCCUACAUCCACCUGGCAGACGGUCACAUGAAGAUGCUGAUUGAAAGCGAGAUGCGCCUUCCUUGGGGUACGGUUUCAAAGUUUUGCUUCGACAGUUGCCUGCUUUCGGAGCUGGAUAGAAGCUACGGACUGAUAUUGGUUGGACUGGCGGACUCAAAGACAGAAAUAUUGGAACUUUACCACCUGCAAGUGACCGUGUUGAGUCAUUUCGUGAAAGAGCAGCUAAUUUUGAAGAAACCAACGAUUCAUUCUCCGCCGUUGAAUCAGUAUCCGGUACCGAUGUUGAUCAAACAUUUGUAUAAGCACGACUUUUCAACGAAAUCUAAAUUUGAUGGCGCGAAGCAACUGCUGGAUCAGUUGGCUAAAUUCAAGGAAGAGGCCUUGAAUAAGGGGAACUAUAUUGAAUAUUUAAAUGUACUGAACCAGAUAGAGGACUUUGAUAUUCAAAUGGAAUAUACUAAGUACAAAAUCGAUGAAGCUAGACUAGUGCCCGGUAUUUCAGAGAAGUAUUAUCGUUUGUCGGGGCCCUCCUUAGCCGUGCGGUAAGACGCGCGGCCACAAAGCAAGACCAUGCUGAGGGUGGCUGGGUUCGAUUCCCGGUGCCGGUCUAGGCAAUUUUCGGAUUGGAAAUUGUCUCGACUUCCCUGGGCAUAAAAGUAUCAUCGUGUUAGCCUCAUGAUAUACGAAUGCAAAAAUGGUAACCUGGCUAAGAAACCUCGCAGUUAAUAACUGUGGAAGUGCUUAAUAAACACUAAGCUGCGAGGCGGCUCUGUCCUAGUGUGGGGAUGUAAUGCCAAUAAGAAGAAGAUUAUCGUUUGUCGAUCGAUCAAUUUCAAACGGCACCCACCCUUUUGAAUGAUGACUGCACGGUAAGGAUGAUCAUUCCCAGCGAGUUCGAACCCCGUAGCUUUCUAGAAACUAUCCAUGAGAUCAAUCCAGAUUACAUGUUGAUUAAUGUAAACACCAUUCUUGAACCGUCUCCAACCUACACGAUUGUGUUUGAAUGCAGUCGGCUCUUAUUUCAGCUGGAAUACUAUGUCCUAUCUUUGGUGAAGGAAAUUGACUUUGAAAAAACAUUGUUCCCCUAAGCCACCGAUGGAAAAGAAGAUCAUAUACGAGAGUUUUCAAUGGUUCAACAAAUAUGUCGCAACAAAUCACGAGCAGCUGUCUGCUGUGCGAAAUAUCGUGAAUCGGACUUCGUUCCCUGCUCCGUACAUAUUAUUUGGACCACCCGGUACUGGAAAAACUUCAACUAUCGUAGAGGCAGUUUUACAAAUUUGGAAACUACAACCCAAAGCCAACGUUCUCGUACCGGCAGCUUCAAAUUUCGCCUGUGAUGAAUUCACCACGCGCCUGCUGGAAUUCAUUCCCGCCACUGUUGUGUUCCGUUUCGUAUCCUUCGUAUCGAUUUUGCUGAUAACGGAACAACACCUUCGUUCUCAAAGAGCAGUGGAGGUUUUGAGGAAGGUGGUGAGUAUCGUCGCGGCUCCGACUACGAAUAUCCGGAAGGCGGUGCAUCAUACGAGGAAAAUUCAUCGUACGGCUAUGGUGGAAGUGGAAGACCGUUCCGCGGCCGUGGAGGAUUCCGCGGACGUGGUGGUUUCCGUGGCGGUUUUUAUCGUGAUGGCCCACCGCACCACGGGGACAAUGAUGAAUGGCGUCGAUCAGGAGUCGAUGGCAAAUAUGAUUCACGCCGUCGUUCGUGAACCAGGAAUCGAUAGAUCUAGCUCCCGUUCACCGAGGCGACGCAGUCCGGCUGAUUCUGAUUCGUCUUCUUGUAUGAAUGGCAUGUUAUCGAAUGCAAGAACGUUACCAGAAGUGGCACGGAAAUCUACCACAGUCUGGUAAGGGGCGCUGAUUUUGAACACUAUUCCCCGCCAAGUUGCACCUAACGGACGGAGACCACGAAAUAGUGGACAGCCUGAUGAAGGACGAGGAAGGUAAACACCACCUUCGUAUUACUCAGUGACUACGCCUCGAUCAACCCAAGUUGGAAGAUCUGCAGAAGUGCAUAUCGACGUCAUCGUCGCACGCAAUCUUCCUCGGCCUGCUGGGAUCGACGUCAUCGGUAGCAUCGUCGGAUGAUGCCAGCGUUCAGACGCGUCCACUGCGUAAUCUCGUGUCCUACCUGAAGCAGAAAGAAGCGGUCGGCGUUAUAUCCUUACUCAAUAAAGAAACGGAAGCAACCGAUGUGCUCUACUCAUUCCCGCCAUGCGAUUUUUCGACAGAAUUGUUGAAACGAACAUGUCACAACCUCACCGAGGAGGGACUGAAGGAAGACCAUCUGGCAAUCGUGGUGGUCCGAGGAGGAACAAUCCUCUGAAGUGCCUUCUUUCUGGUAUUGCAGAAACUAGUCCAUAUUGGCACAGCAUACAACAUGGCUGGUCUAAAAAUUUGUUUGUAAAUCAAAAGUUUGUUCUUAAGACAAAGUUUUGACUUUCUGUUUAUAAGUGGAUCACUUAAUAUAUUUGUUACAUUUGGC